AUGCUCAAUAAAAUUGAAGGUGUUUCGAGAAACGGAGCUCUUCCGAAACAAGGGGGAGACAAAGAACCUCAACCAAAUAAAGAGCCUCAGACAAAGCAAAAGACUAAAGAACUGAUCAGAAGGCUAAUGAAGCUUUUGCAUCAAAAGGAAAAGAGAAAAUGGUUGAUGAUAAUGAAGAAGAAGAAGAAGAGAUUUCUGAGUCUGAAAAGCUUGUGCGAAAUAAGUGUGACAAAGAACUUGAUGAUCUUCAGGCUCUUGCAAAGGAUCUAUAAGCUCAAGAAGCUGAGCUCUAAGUAUGCCAAGCCUCGGUUCAAGACUUGGAGUUUGAAGAAAAUUUGUGCUUUAAGAGUCAAAUCCCCUGUUCAGACUCUGUUCAAGGGGUUCAUGGGAACUAAUCAAAUCAUGGACGAGUUUAAUAUGGCAUACUUGCCUUUCAUGAAUCCAUACGAUUGGAUCUCCUUGUUAUUGAUUGUGAAAAAAUAUGAACAGAAAUACGAGUUUAUUGUUGCACAUCUGAAGAGGAUGCCCAUCUGCUAUGUUCAUGAGAUUGCGAAAAUGGAGAUAGACAUAGCGUAUGUCUUGAAGAAAAGGACAAUUCUAAAGCCAGAAUAG